AUGGAUACAUGCUUGGACAGUGUUGCCACAGCCACAGCCACAGUUACCACUAUUGCCACAGCAACAAACAUGACAACUACCACAGCUACAUCCACAACAACAACAACAACAGCAGGAGGCACAAAAUUUCCAAAGAAUGCUGGAAAGCCCCCUCUUCACAGGUCCCCUUGUAUAUUGUCUAAAAGCGAGACGUUCAUCGAUGAACUGGCAUCAUUAUCUUUCUCGAGUGCUGGCGACAAGUCAGAGACAGCCACUCACUCUUCACCCUCACCCAACAACUUCAACAACCAAUCAACAUCACCUCCUUGCUUAUCAACAUCGACAUCAAUCAAUGCGUUGAAUACAUUACUAAAGUUGGUUAGACAACAGUCACCACCAGUGCUGUCGCCUCGCUCACCUUCUCGCCGCUCUUCAAGGUCCAACUCUAUAUACGACCUGAGGCUGACAGACCUCGAGCAGCUUGGCAGUCAAUCAUCUCUAGCAAGCUCACGCAAUAGCUUCAGAGCACGUAGUGUCAGCGAGGUCGUCUUCAACACUUGGGACUCUGCAGACAUUGACAGCUUGCUGAAUGACGACCUGUCGCCCGACCCCUCGCUGCCCAGUCCGCCACUCAGUCCUCCAACUUCGUCUACACCGCCACCAACAACUGCACAAGGAGCUAGCAGUGCGCUAAAGGACUCUACAUCAUCUGCUACGACUACUUCAUCAUCAAUAUCAACAACACUCAAUGGUGCAGACCAGCCCGCUGGCGUAAUACAUGAACGAAAGAAGUCUGCGUCGGUAGUGCCAUCGAAGGAUCUCACGCUAGACGACAACAACCUGGUGGUGGCUGGCACUAUCGACCGAAUGGUCGCUCUACUCACAGACAUCUCAUCGUACACUGGCACUCAGUAUGUCGAGGACUUCCUCUUCACCUAUCACUACUUCAUGAAGGACGAGGAGUUGCUUGCGCGCCUCGACUACCGCUUCAACAACCCUCUCAACACGGAGCAGCUCGCUACACUGUCGCCCGAGUAUCAACAGCAGAUCACUCAACAUGUCAAGCUGCGCGUCGUCAAUGUGCUCAAGAAGUGGGUCGAGGGACACGGCUACGACUUCCAGAAUCCCGACCUUAUACUGCCGCUCAGCAAGCUGCUCGACCAGCUCGUUGCCUUCAAUCCAAAGUGGGGCAAUCACAUCAAGCGAUCACUAUCCAGCAACGUCGUGCGACUGUUCUCUGAGGACAACCGCAAGGAGACUCGACUCAAUCUCAAGAACCUGGUCUACAUCAACGUGGACAUGGAGACGUACGCUGAGCUAAUGUCGCGCGGUCUGCCGCUCAAAGUUCGCAAGAAGAACUUUGUCUCGAUCAAGAACUCGUUCAUUGGUCGCGAGGCAGUCGAUUGGAUACAGAGCACGCUGGAGUUGGAGACACGUGAUCAAGCCGUUCUGAUACUUCAACGGAUGAUGGACCAGGACCUGAUCAAGCACUAUUCUGAGCGCGGUGCCAGCCGCGUGAGCAUGUCUCUUGCCAACGCGGAGAGCCCGCCUGUGCCAUCCUCCCCGCUCUCACUGCGGUUCUCGCUGCCGCUGUCCUCUGAUCGUCCUGCGGGAUCGGUCAAGAUCUUCCGUGACCAAGACACCGUAUACUACUUCCCAAAGGAUUGGGCACCAAGGCUAGAGGCUACCGACUUUCCUCAGCCGAUCGUGUCGCGAAUCGAUGGCAACAGUACAUUCUUGGAUGUUAGUCCUGUGGAGAUUGCUAGACAACUGGUCAUAAUAGAGUUCAGUCUAUUCAAACUGAUAACGCCAUCCGACCUCUACCAUCAAUCAUGGAACAAGCCCAAUGCUGACAUUCGAUCUCCAAACCUCAUGAAGUUCAUUGAGAGGUCCAACACUCUUAGCUACUGGGUGGCGACUGAGAUAGUGUUGUCCAAUGAUAUGAAACAAAGGACCAAGGUCCUAAAGAGGUUUAUAAUAAUUGCCAGUAUACUUAGGAAGAUGAAUGCUUGGAAUCCUUUGAUGGGCAUUAUGUUGGGAUUGAGCCUUGGCAGUGUGCAGAGACUAAAGAGGACGUGGGAGACACUGCCCAAGCAUGUGUUGGAGUUCUACGAGGUGUUGUCUAAAGAGACAAGUGCCACACAGAACUAUGCCAACUAUCGCAAGGCACUCCAAACGCCAACAUAUCCAUCCAUACCAUACUUUGCCAUCUACCUCCGCGACCUCACAUUUAUCGAAGAGGGCAACAAUGACUACCUCUCCAACGGCUUUAUCAACUUUACUAAGAUGAAGAUGAUAUCCAAGGUGUUGACAGAAAUUCAUCGCUUCCAAUCAGUUCCAUACAGGCUCAUAAAGAUUGAACCUGUCCAGCAAAUAUUAACGAAUCCAUCAGUUGUCCUCAAGGACAUUGAGGUAAGACAUUUGGAUGGUGGAAUGAAUCAGCGCAGCAUACUAACGCGCCAACAACAGUUGUACAAAGCAUCAAAGAUACAAGAGGAUACUAUUAGGUCAGUCUCAAAGUUGAAGCUCAAUCACAACAAGAAAUGA